AUGCCCUUCCUCGAGGUGCUGUGCACCGUGUACGGAUACCUCCUCGCCGCCAAGCUAUUCGGCACAAAACAGGCUGAAAACGCCUUCAACUACGUCUUUGGCAUUUUCGCGCCAACCAUCUCUGCUUCGCCUUUCGCUUCUUCUGCCAGCAACGUGAGCAACUCAAGCUCACCUUACGGCAUCACUCUCUUCGGCAGCAACGGGACCACCAGCACUAUUGCAGGACUUUUAGACCACGUGACUAAGGUCACGAUCCCGACUUUGGCUCCCCUCACCCCUACCUCUGCUUUGCCGGCCCGUCGGCACUAUCCGACUGCCAAUGAGAACCAUCUGAGCAAGUGCAUCGCCCUCCAUGGGUCCUGCGAGCUCGUUACCGUUGAGGAAAAUGACACUACGUCUGGCUACGGUUUCGCUGGUCACUACGACAGAACGACUGUGAUGGUCGGCUUCACUCUUGCUACACUCUUGCUGCUUGUCGCUCUCUUCGCCCGCUCUCAGGCACAACACAAGGAGCGCGAGCAGGCAUAUGUGGCGCUGCUGGCAUCACAACAGGUUAUGGCUAUGGAGAUCACUAGCUUAGAGCGGGAUAAAGAGACUUACAGGGAUCUUGCUCGCGCAGCUAACGGCAUCCGACUAGAGGCGCAGACGCAGCAAAAGGCAUCUAACGAAGCACUUCAGCAGACGGAGAAGAAGAUGGAGGACCUGAAGCAAGCGAAUCGAGACAUUGACAUUCUGAAAAAUGCAUUCGAUAGAGACCUUGAGCAGGCCGAGAAGGAGGCUCAGGGGUUGAAGCAGGCAUUGGAAGAAUACCUCAAGCAAGCGAGCACGAAGAUAGAGGAUUUGGGGCGCGCAUUCGAAGCAGAUCUCGAGCAGAGCAGGAAGAACAUCAAGGAGGCGAAGCAGAAAUUCGACAAAGAGCCCGAGCAGAGCAGGGAGGAGACUCGGAAAGCGAAGCACGCGCGUUAUAAUGCCAUCGAUCAGGCGAAGAAGAAGGAUAAGGGUCUGAAGCAGGCAUCUGCAGCAACCGAGCAGGCCGUGAAGGAGGCUCGGGAGUUGAAGAAGUCAUUCGGAAUGGCGGAGCAGGAGGUCGAGGAUCUGAAGCAGGCAUCUGCAGUGACCGAGCAGGCCAUGAAGGAGGCUCGGGAGUUGAAGAAGUCAUGCGAUGAAGAACUCAAGCAGGCGAAAGCGGAGAUCGAAGACCUGAGACAGAAGAUUGCUACGAACCAAACGGAGAGUCGGGACGCUAUUAUCGAAGUGAAGCAGACUGCUGACAUCGAGCUUGCCAAGGCCACCAGCGAGGCCGACCAAUUGCGAGACGAUUUGGAUGCACUACAGCACGAGAAUGAGAGGGUGGAGGACGAAAUUGAAGCCGAUAUCGACGAGCAUGAUAAGGCAAUGGAGCAGCAAGCAUCCAUUGUCAACGAUGCUCUCAAGAACGCAACUUUAGAGCAGGCGAAGCAGAUCAUGAAGGGGUCAUACGAGCAGCAGAUGAGGCAAAAGAAUUUCGACCACGUACAGAACAUGGCGGCUGCUGAGGAGGAGAAGAUGGAAAUUUGGAAUCAGGUUCCGGAGAUCGUGGAUGAGGCUACGGCAGAGCUUGAGGAAGAUGUGAAAGGGCUGACGCUAGAGAAUAAGACUUUGCGAGAUCAUGUUGAUGAGCUUCAACGGUCUCGAGACGCUUGCAGGUGUGGUAGCUCGGGUUCGGAAACUCUGGAUGAUAAUGACCAUGAUGAUGUGCAGGACGGCAGUGAUGAUGACAAGGAUGAAGAUGAUCGCAAGGAUGAAGACGAUGACCCGGCGGAUUCUAACAAUGAUGACGACCACGGCAUUGAAGCCCACGCUCCCACCGAUGGGCAUGCCGACGACGACAAUCCUGAGAACACGGACACCGCUUUUCCGGAAGACGUUCAUGGCUCCAGCUCAGGCACAGACAGUAACGAGGUCGAGGCGCAUUCAGAAGAGCGUGUGCAGGACGACUAUGAGGUGGGCAGCCCAAGGAAUGAUGAAGACGACGUCAGCGUGUUCGAUGCGCGUAGUGCCACUUACCCUCAGGUUAAUCUAUCCGAAUUGCGUUCAUACGAAAUGAACAAGGAGACCAAGGACGAGGAUGUCGCUGGUGUAUCGGAUCUGCCUCCGACAAAGGAUAAGACAGGGAGUAAGAAGCCAGGCAGAAUCUAUGGUGACGCGUGCAAACGAAUGGCGAGAAUGGUUGAGGCGUAUGAAAUUCCAAUUCGUCCUCCAUACUACCAGGAGCGCGUUGCAGACUGGACCAUGAGCAAGCCGCUCUAUGAGAGUGUCGUCGGCUCUGUAAUCGUCAGUCUUCCGAAGGCACCAGAUAUGGCGAUGGUGAAUCCUCCUCCUCCUCGGGGUCUCAUGGCGUCGAGAUGGGCUCGUUGA